AUGAUAGCUUAUACUUUACAAAAGAAUAGAAGAAAGAGAGAUACAGAAACCAGAAGUUCACCCAUAGUAACAAGAGAAGUGUGUCUUCACACGACCUACGAUGUCGAUGAAGCAAUUUUUGUAUUUGACUUUGCGAUCCUGUUCGCAGCUUUCAUUUGCGAUUUCUUCGAACUCAAUUUCAUGUGGAGCCUCAGUGAUGGUUUGAGCACACCUACAUUCCCACUCGCAAAAAUUGAACCUUACCGUAGCCUUCAGGAACAUUAUUCAAGCAAUCAUAAUUAUAUUCUUGGAGGAGAUAUUCGCAGUCGUCUUCGUUAUUACUUGGAUCCGAUUGAGGAUCUUCACAUGAUACUAAGCAAGCCACGUAUAGAGAAACCAGAAAUAUGA